AGAGUCCUGCCGGUGUUGCGUGAGUGUUGCAGGAGGGUUGUACGGAGGUUCCUCCUCCUCGGGGAGGUGAGAGCUGUCCGGUGCUAAAAGGGAAGAAGAUGAGCUCAGCGCGCGCCGGGGGGCAGGUAACGUCAGCAGUCGGCCGGAGCAGAAAAAGACUAUACACACAUACAUACACACACACAGGCUCACACCAAGUGUUUAUCUCCUCCUCAUCUCUGAUACACACCGACACACGUUAAUGAUGGGCGGAUAAGCAGCUCCGUGAGACUGAGCUCCGCUUUUUUUAAAAUUGCUUUUCACGAGUGCCUCGGCAGCAUCCCGCGCCCUCCGCUUGGCUUGAGAUGGGAUGAUAUGGGAUUUUUCAUGUCGACGAAGAUCGGAGGGAUACUCGCGUUUGCCCUGGUGUUGCAUGGGGGUUGUGAGACCUGCACCGUGGAGGUUGUAGUACACCCAUCAACGUAUUUCUGUCCCUGAUGGUGUCAGGAGACUUGGAUGCUGGCGCUAAGUGUGAGAAUAUUUAUAAGGACUUUUCUGAUUGUGUCCUGGAGCUGGGAGACAGCAUGGAUAACUAUCAGGAGAACGUGACGAGCGAGACGGGAGUGGCAGCCGUGUGCAGCCACUGGGAAGCUUUCCACACGUGUGCCCUCACAGCGCUGUCUGACUGUCAGAAGGAGGUGAGCUCCAUCUGGGAGACUCUGAAGCAGGACUCCACUAAGAUGCGCUUCCAGGGAAGUCUGUUCGACCUGUGCAGCCCCAGCUCCUCGCCCAGCAUCAGCUCGCCUCUGGCGGCCCUCACACUGCCUCUGAUGGGUGCGAUGAUCAUGGCCGGGCCCAACUGGUAUCCUGUAUAGAUGGUGGGGAUUGAGGGUGAGGGCCUCACAUUCCCCUGGCUCAGUCCUUUGAGUUCAAAACUAAAGCCAAGGAUUUAAGAGGAUAAGGAUUAUUAUCACACAGAGCCAUCAAUAUUUGCUUGGAUGAAUAAUACUUCAGCUUGAUCCCCCCUUAUGUCGAGAAACUGAGUAGUUGAGAAAAUUACAUUUAAGCCAACUUAUCAACCGAGACAGACUUGAGUAUUCAAAGGAUUUCAGAUACAAUGUAAUCAGGUCAGUCACACACCUGUUGCUCUGGGUUACUGAUAUUCAAGAAGUGGACACAAAGCAUGAACACCUUUGCAAUAUAAUUUAAUAAAGAUUGUAUAUUUAUUUGUAUUACUAUUAUCAUGUUUGGUUCUUGUCGGUUCUAAAGUUUAGUUUUGAUUAGGUUUCACUGGAUUCAAUUAGAAAACAUUUGUUUAUUAGUUAUAUUACAUUCAAGACUAUAUUAUAGUAAUUUAGAUGAAAUUAGAUAAGAUUAAAUUACAUUAAAUAAGAAUUGACGGAUAGUUUGACUUUUUGCAGGUACAGGACAGUGCAGGUACAUUUUUGCAUAUAUCUCUCAGAAGCAAUUUUGUAAAAAUGCAGACUAUGAACAAUUAUACUUAAAUGUAUCUGUUGAGAGACAUACAAGUAAAGGACGCAGUAUUUGUGGUUUUCAUUAAGGUGUUCAUGUUUUUGUACCCUCUUCCUGUAUAUUGUGUUUUAUGGGAUAGUUCAACAUUUUGGGACUUAGCCGAUGCUACUGUAUACUUCAUGUCUGUAUUCUAAAUAUAUAAGUAUGCUAGUGUCAUCAGCCAGUUAGUUUAGCUUAGCACUAAGCAGCUCCUCUAACUGCCCAUAGCCAAUAAAUAGUUUGAAACAUCCCUGUAAAACCACAACUUUUUACAACUUAGUACAGAUUUAACAAUAAAAACUAUAAUAGCAGCUUUAGUCUACAACUAGGUGGUAUCCAUUGUCACACGAAAGCACAUUUAAGUGUAUUUCUGAAAAAGUGGAACUAUUCCUUUAAACAAGAGCUAGAUUUUAAUCCCCAGUGAGUUUGUAUAAAUAAAAACAAUCCAUCAUACAAUAAUUACCUGUCACAUAACAAGAAAACAUUUAAAGCAGCAUUUCAGCAAAAAACAAAUACAGCAAUAUCCCCAUACAUAUGUCACUAUCAGUCAUUAAAACAACAGGAUGAAAAACCAUGAAAAAGAUGGAACCAGACAUUAAUCUGACUGGAUUCCAACUUUAUUACACUAAAGCUAGCGAAUAAACACCAUCCAGAUAAAGGUGAAAAGCCCCUUUAUUCUGUUGUCAAGCGUGCUGAAUGUUUGUGCUUGUGACAAUCAAGCCACUUUUCCCCUCCAACACUUUGGCUCAAUGUGGCUGAUGUUGCAUGGCUGCUAUAAAGACACCAAAAACAUCCUGACACUAAACACCACCAAAACAUCACUUUAAACUACUUCAUAAACACAGUAUGGCAUACAGACUCCACACGGGUGGAUAUAUUGCAGAGAUUGAAUCGAUAUAUUAUGAAAACUCCCCAAAUAAUCAUAUUUAUGAGUACUAAAACACAUCAUUUAUUUCAAUUGAAACACUCACCAAUUGAGUAGAAUAUUAUGCAACAGCAAAACAAUUGCUUAUUUUUGUAAGAUAUCUAUACAAUCACUUUUGUAUCAAUUGUAUUUCAAUUACAGAUUUACCCAUUAAUGAAUUGCAUAUUUACAAUAUCAAACAAAAUACAUUACCAACUGUGCUGCUCAAGUUAUCUGUUUAAUGCUUUAAAUCUAUAUUCCUUUGAGAAACAUUGGCAUGAUUUGAAACUUCAGAAGCAGCCAAGAACGACUGAAUCUCGACAGAAAAAAGCAUCUUUGUUACAGCUUAAAACAAAAAUAACUGGCAAGAUCUCCACUCAUGUAACACUGGUAGCCAAUAGGCUGUGUGAUGUAUCACAAAUUGUAAUGGUGAAUACAAAAUCAAUGUUCAGGUUAAAAUCACCUCACAUGAAUAUGAUGUUUUAUCGCAGUGCUCAUCAUAGAUUCUGAGCACACUGAAAAUGAAUGAGCGAAAGUAUCAAUUAGUUGUAUUUGUUUGUUCUUCAAAAACUGUGUCACCGUUUGCAUAUUUAUUUUUAAUCUUGACGGUCCUCAUAGGCCUUUUCAAAAAUAUGGAUGAUUUCCUGAAUAUGUUAUACCUUUGAUCCAAAAUGCAUGAUACUUUUAGUGACUUCAUAAUAAUGAACAGUGUGUUGAUGAUAACUUGGACUACAUGUGCAGUGGUAUUGCUCUGCGCAUGCAGUUAUAGCAUCCUUUGCAGAUCCUGAAUCCACCCACCUCCACCUCUUCCAGCAUGUUUGUUCUAGUCGUUUCUAUUUAUUUCAUGUUUCACGAGUGAUGGCAUAAUGUCAACCAUUGUGUGUGUCUGGUACUGAGAAUGACAAAAACAGUCCUCAAAGCAUGAGCAAUAUGUACGGUCACGGUAAAAAGAGGACUCUCAUCCCUUUGUGUGCAGAAAGCAUGAAAACAACUGUUAUCAUUAGCAUUAUACCAACAUGGAGAGAACUUCUGAAUGUAAAAACAAGCAUCCAUGUUUUGUUUUCAGUUUACUGAAGCACACUAUUUACAACUGUAUAAAGCAAUAUGGCAAAGUAAUGUGUUUGUAAUAAUAAAGCACCGUGUUUAAAACAUA